AUGGACGAAACAUCAGAAGAAGAAUCAGAUGAGGAGGGAACAACCACAGCACAUUUACCUGUGACGAGAUCACGUGCGAGAAGAACGACUGCCAGGAGGGCAUUCUUCGAUGAUUCGGAUGAUGUGAUUGUGCUCGAUGUCGAGUCUGCCGCUCAAACUGCUCCAGAAGAACAGCGUCUUGGCCGUACUAUCUUAAGUAGUGAUGGCGAAGAGGAGCCAACUGAACCGUUGGCCAGGAAAAGGGCAAAGACAGACGAGAACGCUGAUGAUACAAUUGUGACAGAAGGCGAUGAAGCGGCAUGUUGCAUGAUAUGCUUUGAGGAAUAUACAAAUUCUGGUUCACACAGAUUGGUUUGUCUGAAGUGUGGCCAUUUAUAUGGGCAAUCUUGUAUUGAACGUUGGAUCCGUAGUGAGAAGAAUGCGAAAUGUCCACAGUGCAAGACAAGAGCACGUAUUAGUGAUAUACGGCGUAUUUUUGCGCGUACUAUCAAGAUGAUGGACACUACAGAACUGGAAGAGUUGCGAGAGUCAAACAAGGCGUAUAAAGACGAAAACGAUAGCCUCAGAUUGCAGAUCAUGCAGUUGAAAGUGAAACUGAAAAAAGCUGAAGAUAAUGCCAAAAUAGCAACUGCGCAGUUGUCUAGUCAUCCAGCAUCGGUCACGACGUCCGUAUCAAAACGGAAUCACGAUGAGUUAAUCGUACAUGAUUGGACACUUUCAAGCGAACGUACCGUUGUGCUCUCUUCACAACCAGGUACGAGGAGUGUGCACGAUGACGGGAAUAUCUUUGUUGUUACGUGUCGUAUUGACAAUGACCUCUUCAGACCGUAUGGACUCAAACUGUUGACUAGAGAUGGUAGAAUCACAACAGCAAUACCCGUCCAUACGAAACGACCCAGGUGUUGUCAGGUGUCACCGUUCGACCCGCGACUUGUUCUCAGCACUGGAGAGGACAAAAGGGUUUGCAUCACGGAAUUUGGCGAAUCCAAACGAGUCUUACAUCAAUUCGAAUUGCCUGCGAAUGGAUGGUGCUGUUGUUGGAUGAGUGCUGAGGAGAUUUGUGUUGGUUGCGUGAACGGGCGAGUGCUGAAAUUUGAUGUGCGGCAGCCAACUGAAGCACCACAAGACAUCACUGGAGGGAAUGGUAGAAGGCCAAUUCUGUACGUCCACUCUCUGAGAUCCAUUCAUGCGACGAUCGUUGUGUCGGUACGAGACUGUACCGUCUACUGCCGUCAGCAACAGUACACUCUGCUCACAGAUAUAGGUUCAAUAAUUUCAUUUUGUUACGAAACAAACACCGAUACGUUCAUGGUGGCGUUUGGCCCUAAUGAGGAGUAUAGUACAGUGCGGCACGUUCUUUACAAGUUGAACGCAGACGAGAUGAACAUUGGAAAAGAAUUGAUUCGGAGUUAUAUCAGCCGUUCGAAUAAACAAACACGGCUCAUUUCGUGUGCGCUUUGGAACGUUGGAAAUGCACAUUUGGCGGCGAUUAUUGAUGAAGCGCACUCGCAAUUGGUGAUUCUGGAUUGGAACCGACCGAAUUUGGAAGUGUUAAUAAGGCGUAUUGAAGACGACGUUGUUGCCGUGAAAGAGAUACCAGUUGGCAGUCAGCACAAUUAUCAAGUUGUUUGUAUCAGCGAAACGAGAGCACAUUUGUUCGAGUUGAAAUGCUGA